AACUUUCUAAUUUUUUUGGACCGAGUUAAUGAUAUCAGUGCGCCAUAUUGGCACAAAAUUUAGCAAAGGAAAAAAAGUCAACUUUCUCAGAUAUUAUAGAGAUGGUAUAUGAUAAGUGAAAGACCACAUUCUAUUCCUUAGAAGAUUACAGUACAGAUACUCAAGAUGUCUGUCAUCAUUCGGCUUCAAGGACUUCCUUGGUCUUCAAGUGCUGCCAGCAUACGCCAGUUCUUCAAAGGUCUCAAUAUACCCCCAGGAGGAGUUCACAUUAUCGGCGGUGAGAAAGGAGACGCGUUCAUUGCAUUCAGCACAGAUGAAGAUGCUAGACAAGCUAUGAUGUUGAACUUAGGCUCGAUCGAUGGAAGUCAAGUAAUGUUGUAUCUUAGUAGUAAAACUCAAAUGCAGCAAGUUAUAGCGGAAGCUAGAGGACAGGGUCCAAACGACACACCCUACCAAUCCCAAUAUCCACCUGCCUCUUCACAACAGUCUUAUCCUCCACAACAAAGCCAAGUUUCCCAGAAUUCAACGAGUUCAUCACAGAAGUAUCAAUACCCGCCAACACAGAUGGAACAUAAUCAAGAUUAUGCUUAUCCCAGACAGGAAUCUUCUGAAAAGCAGACUCCUGCCAAUUCUGAUCGUGAUCGAUUUGGAUAUGGACAAGCAGGAAGUCGCACAGAAGUAGAUGGUUUGGUUCAGAGUUCGUUCCAAUCCAGCGAGAGCUACCCCAGACCAAUGACUGAGUUUGAAAAACGUCACCCAACGCAGAGAAAUGCAUCAAAUGAUAAGAAUACACGAAGUGAAGGAAUUAAUGAUUCAAAUCUGCAAUUUGAUCCCCAAAAAUUAAUAUCUGAUCUUUCUAAAUCAGGAUUGCUGAAUCCAGGUUUACUAAGUAAACCACCCGGCGUUGAUGAACAGAAACCAUCACAUCUCGCAAGCUCCUCUCUGACCUCAAAAGAAGCAGCAUUCCUCGAUGACAGGUACUCAAAUAAUUUUCCUCCCGAAUCGUUUAACAGAGAAUCCUAUUCCAGGGGACAGUAUGAUCAGUUCAGAAACAGUUAUGACAAGCAACCACACAGGGGGAACGUCCCACCAGAUGAUUCACCUAGUUUCAACAGAGAUCCUUAUGGUGGAAGACCGGAUGAAAGUAAUUCGCAUACCUUUCAAGAACCUAGAAAUGAUAAAGGUUCUUACUAUCCUGCUCCAACGGAUAAUAGAAACUUUGAGCCAAAAGAUGAUGACCAAAGAUUGUUUCAUCCUGAAGGAAGAUCCCAGUAUGAUAGAAACAAUGACCCAAAUCUCCCGUUUAAUCGAAAUGAUAACCGUUCUUUUCCACACAAUAGACAACCCCCUCUCCUUGAUCGACCUCCUUUGGAUGGAUCUCGUAGUGAGCAAAGUAAUUUUGAUUGGAAUUCUGAAAAUGGAGAGCGACUUGACAAGCCUGGACCAGAUCAACUACCAUUACAUAGGUCUCGAUUUGAUCCACCACCAAACAAUCACUCGGACGAAAACUAUCGAAAUGAUCGAAGACGUUAUGAUAGACCUCCGGCUGAAAGUAAUACGCCAUAUGAUGGAUCCCAACCAGCAGACCAACGUCCAUUUGAGAGAUCCCCAGACUCUAGGCCUCCUCCAUUUGAUCGACAUUUAGAUCCGAGGCCUCUACUUGAUAGGCCACCAAAUUCGAUGCCACCAUUUGAUAGACCUUUAGAUGCUCGACCACAUUUCGAUAGAUCAUCAAAUGCUAGACCUCCAUUUGAUGGUCCUGAUUCAAGAUCCUCUCUUGACAGGAUGCAAGAACCUAGGCAUCCAUAUGAGGAAAAUCGAGAAAGUUUUCCUGAUCGUGGAUCUUCUUUUGAAAGAAUGCCUCCAAACCACAGACCACCGUUUAAUAGGAAUCCGCAAUUCCCAGAGAGAGAUCAUACUCGAAGAGAAUCAAGGUUUGAUGACACUGGGCCUCCUUUACGACCAGAUGAUGAUGUAUAUAGACCACCACCACAAAGAAGACCUCCAUUUGAUAAAGAUAUGGAUCGUUCUGAUAAUGAUUCCAGAGAUGGACUUUUAGGACCAGGACCUCCUGGGAAAAGACUUCAUGGUAUGCCUGAAAGUUAUCAACCUUUCACUGGAUCAGGGGGAGCUAGAAUGCCACCUCCGUUUAGACCAGGAAUGAGGCCUCCUUUUGAAGGUGAUGAUGGAUUUGCUGAUAGAAGAAGCCCAUACAUGCCAAGAUUCAGCACACGAGGCAUGGAUCAUCGAGGCCCAAGGCCACAACUACGCUCAGGAGUACCUGAUCACGGUCCAAGACCACUUUUAGAUCAUUUUGAUCGCCCUCCUGAGGACCAGGACCGCCGACAUUUACCUAUCAUGCAUGUAAAUCCAAAUGAUCGUGUACAGUCAGAUAAUAUUCCUUCACUAAUGGAUCAUGAUAGCCGUUUUCCAAUGAAACCACAGGAAGGAAACUUUGUGAAAUCAUCUGUAAACCUUGAAGAUCCCAGCGAUGCUGACAUGAGAGAUCCAAAAGAUCGAUUACGUGACAAUAAAGAAAGCAAACGAUUUGAUACAGAUUCGAGGUCAAAGUCAACUGAUGAUCGUCGGGAUGCAAGCCGCAGUAACAGGGAUAGUCGUGAAAAAGAUUCUCGUGAAAACAGAGACUCAAGGGAUUCACGUGAUAGAUACAACCGAGAUAGAGACAAGGAGAGAGAUAGGGGCCGCGACAGGGACCGUGAUAGAGAUAGAGAACGAUCACGUGAUCGUGACAGAUAUGAAAGAGACCGAGAUAGGCGUAGGGACGAUGAUCGUGACCGGAGAGAUCGACGAGACGAGAGGAGUGAUCGCGACAGAGAUCGAGAUCGUAAAGAGAGAGUGAAAGAUGAAAGGCGUGAAAUCAAAGGCCGCGACCAGUUCGGAAGGGAUGUACCUCGCUCGAAAGAGGAUCGCGACAAAAAGGACUCAGACAGUCAACGAAGUUCAUCAAACAGCAGCCAGAAAACUGUGAGCAACCAGAAAACGGUAACAACGACAACUGAUAAGAUUAAACAAACAAAUGCAACUUCUGAUGAAUUAACACGAGGAAAAACAACUGAGGACACAGAUUCUCGAGGACAGAAACGACCUUUGGUUUCCCUCAAUCCUCCUACAACUGAUAUUUCUGUCAAAGUUCAAGGUUUGCCUAUGCAUAUAAAUUACAGAGAAAUAAGGCAAUUUUUUACUGGGUGCGAAAUCCCUUGGGAUGGCAUGAAAAGUGCAAAAGAUGAAAAGGGCCAAGCAACUGGAAUCAUCUACAUCAAAUUUCAAAACCAGCGAAGCUUUUGGGAAGGACUUAAUAAAACUGGAAAACGCUUCACAGAUGGAAGUCGAAUCGAAGUUACAAAAUGUGAUCUAAAAGAAUUUGAGAAUUGCGAUCCAAUUACUAAACCAAAUCAGGAGAUUGAACUGGAAGAAUCGAAACGUCUGAAGAUGGACCAGCCUCUAAGAACGUCUCAGUAUAUUAUACACAUGAAAGGGCUUGGAAUCAAUGGGAAGAAACUUGAUGUAGUUGAAUUUUUUAAAGGAUGUGAAAUUGCAAAGAACGGAGAAGGUAUUCAUAUUGAAUAUGACAUUAAGAAUCGAUGCACUGGUACAGCAUUUGUGGAAAUGUUAACUUUGUCUGACUUUCAAAGCGCUUUGAUGUUCGAUGGGAAAAUGUUUAACUCUCGUGUUAUUCGGGUAUCAGCGGGUAGCCUUCAUGAUGUAGAGAAGCUUCAUGAACGCAUGAAGGAUUUGAUGACACGGAAACAAAAUGAGGAACCUGAGAAGAAACCCCUUCUACCAAAUCCUGUCACUGUGGAACCAAUAAGAAUUUUAGCCCCGGAUGGAGAGUACAGAAAUCGCAUUACUACAAAUCUUCACUGUGUUCACCUUCAAGGACUACCACCUCAUGUUGUAGCCAAAGAUAUCGCUAAACUCUUUGAUGGAAUUGAUAUCUCACAACGAGGAAUUCAAAUAGUUCAUGAUUCAAAUGGAAGGCCACUGGGUGAAGCAUUUGUUGAGUUCAUAAACAAUUCAGAGUGCGAAAAAGCGCUAAAUAUGUCCGAGAGAAAUAUAGGUGAACAUGAAGUCAGUCUGAAACCUAUUCCAAAGUCAGAAAUGGUGGAUAUACUGAAACAAAUCCGACCGCCUUCACGAGGGGGGAAUUUUCCUUCAAUGCAUGGUCCUCCAUCUCACGGCAUGGGUCCUCCUCAUGGUGGCCCUCCAGGACCUCGGGGACCACAAUCACAUGGUGGACCUCACCCUCCCCACACAGGAACACAUUCAUCCCAUAGUGCACCACCGUCAUCCCAUAGUGGACCUCCCCAACAUGGCCACCCACCCAUGCGUCCUCCACAUGGACCGCCACACUCUCCUCAUGGGCCGCCAACUGGUCCGUAUCUCGGAAGACGAUUUCCAGUCUUGAUUAAGGGUCUACCUUUCACAAUUUCUGUACGCGAGGUGACUAAUAUGGUACAAGGUUACAGUCCUAUCGUGGAAUCUGUAAGAGUAAUGGUUGGGAACGAUGCAGGUGGGACGUCCGCAAUAGUUUCAUUCCGAUGCAUGGAGGAUGCGGAACAAGUUAUUCGAGAUCUGAACAACACGUUUUAUAGAAAUAAACAGAUUCAUUUAUCCCCAGCACCGAUGUAAGAAUCAAGUUCUACCCAGUAAUGACAGCUUUGGGGUGGUGAUUGUACAUACAUGCAGAGAGCCAUUUUUCACAGUGAUUAGUGGGCUUGUAUUCGCGUAUCAUGCAGAAACUUAUUUUUGAGACUUUUUUAUGUUUUAGUAGUACUCUGAAUUUGUGUUUUCUAGCUUUCAUGCAUAUGGUAAUGUUGAUUUUUUAAUCAUUGUUCCAUUUACCUUGUUCAUAAUUAAAGUGAACAGUCAAAAUUUUCCUAA